AUGUUUCCUCUAGUUGAUGGUCGCCUUGCUAUCCUUGCCGUCUUACCCGCGUCCUUUGUCGUCAUAAAAGCCUUCGCGCGGUUCAUUGUUAACAGACAGAACAAACCUUGCCUUCCUCCUGGCCCAGUGCCGCUCCCACUGUUAGGAAACGUCUUAUCUAUCAACACCAAGGAGCCUUGGCUGACUUAUACUGAAUGGGGCGCUACCUAUGGAGACUUGGUUUUCGUGCGACUUCUAGCAGGCCAGGAAGUCGUGGUGAUCAAUUCUCAGCAGAUUGCAGAAGCCUUGAUGGACAAGCGUUCUCGCAUUUACUCCGAUCGACCAUACAUAGCCACGCUCGAACCAUUUGGUUGGUCGGUCAACUUUUCAUUAAUAGCUUAUGGUGACGAAUGGCGUCUUUGCCGACGACUCUUCCAACAAACUUUCCGUCCCGACUCUGCACUCAAGUUUCGUCCAACGCAGGUUAAGCGGGCUCGUGAGAUGGUCGUCAACCUAAUUGAUGACCCUCAACAUUAUCAUUCUCACUUCGCAACAUUCUCGUCAUCAGUUGCGAUGUCAGUGGUAUACGGCUACCAAACUGGUCCUCGUGGCGAUCCUCUGGUUCGAAUAAUAGAAAAUGCAAUGGCUAUUGGCCUUGCGGUGUUAACCCCAGAGAGAGCAAUCUUACUUAAAAUCUUCCCCUUCCUGCUGAGGUUACCUGACUGGUGUUUGGGAUCCGCUCUCAAACGCGAUUCCCAAGUUUCGACCCAUCGUAUGACUGAAAUGACGGACCUGCCGUUCCAAUAUACGCAGGAGCGUAUGGCCGAAAACCUGUUCCUCGGCCAAGUUUCAAUGGUAUCAGACAAUUUGCAACGGAUGGAGGACCUAGAUCAGGUAUCAAAACCCAUCUUCGAGACUGCCUUAAAGAAAGCAGCUACUACUGCUAUUAUAGGUUCAUAUGAGACGACCACGUCGACCUUGAUGACUUUUGCUCUCGCCAUGGUAUUGUAUCCAGCUGUUCAGAGACGCGCACAAGCGGAGAUCGACUCAGUGGUUGGAGAGGAUCGCUUGCCUACAUUCGAAGACAGAGCCUCGCUACCCUACGUUGAAUCAGUCCUGCGGGAAACUUUGCGAUGGCAUCCCAUUUUGCCCAUUGGCACGCCACAUGCUACCUCAAGUGACGAUAUAUUCGAUGGUUAUUUCAUUCCAAAAGGAGCAACCGUCAUAUGCAACAUGUGGUGCAUUUCACGAGAUGAAAAGCGGUACCCCGAAGCAUCUAGCUUUAUACCAGAGAGGUUCCUGAACGUCAAUAAUACGCUGACGGACGACAACCCUGCUGAAUAUGUUUUCGGUUUUGGCCGGCGUGGAUGUCCAGGCCGAUAUACUGCUGAUGCCUCUGUGUGGUCCGCUAUUGUUACUAUGUUGGCCACGGUAGAAUUUUCUUCUGCCAAAGAUGAGCAGGGCAAAGUGAUCGAAUUCACCCCCCAAUUCACGACGGGACUCACUCACUCCCCUAUGGUCUUCCCUUGCAAUAUCUCAGCACGCUCUCGUACCCAUCUAGAACUUGUGGAUGUACCUGGCCAAUCUGUCAAGCAUUCGACAACCUUUUUUGACACUUCCGCAACUUUUUAGCUCCGUUUUGUGUACGUGCUAUGCGCAAUUUGAAAUAUGCCACAUGUGGCAUUCAACCACCUGCUUGCGCGUGCACGAGAUGCAACCGAGAGCUAUCAGGUAUAGCCUCGUAGGCAGAGCCGAUAGAAGGAAGACAGUGGUUCACUCGUUGGUGGACUUCACGCCUACAAAGAAACCGCGCCGUGAUUACUAUCAACAAAAAAACUGUUCACCUUCGGACGUUUACGAUAAGAGAUAUCUGUACACUACGUUUGAUAACAUGAUUCAAAGGGUCCUUCAAGUAAAUAUAUAUAUAGAUAAGAACAAUGAACACAUGAAUUGUC